CCCGCGCGGAGCCGGAGCCGCAGCAUGGAGCCCACCAUGGGGCCCGCCCAAGCGGCCGCCGACGGGCCCUACAGCUUCUCCAGCCAGCCCCGCUCCCUGCCUCCCCGCCCCAAGUACCGAGAGCAGUCCAAUGCCGCCGAGACGGAGAAGGUGCGCUACGGCAACAUCAUGAUCGACCCGAGAGUGGUGCGCGGAAACGUUCUGUCCGUCCGUCCUCCCCCACCGCAGAGUACCGAGUCCCUUACCCUUGAGGCUAAAAAGCAGAGGAGAGCUCAGAAACACACAGUGGCCAGAAGGCUUACACAAGAACAAAUUCAACCCGGAACGCCGGAGCCUGUGGAGGGCAGAGUUCAUGUUCACGUGCAGACAGAACUGUAUUUGGAAGAGAUUAGUGAUCGGAUAAUAGAGGUUGAUGGAGAGUGUCAAACAGAUGAAUUUUUGGACAGGCCUCCCACUCCACUCUUCAUACCAGCCAAAUCAGGACAAGAUGUGGCCACUCAAAUAGAAAAUGGAGAGUUGUUUGACUUUGAUAUUGAAGUGAAGCCGAUCCUGGAGGUGUUGGUUGGAAAAACAGUUGAGCAGGCUUUGCUGGAAGUCAUGGAAGAAGAGGAGCUGUCCCAGCUGUGGUCACAUCAGCGUGCCUUCGCAGAGCUGCGUAAUGCAGAGUUUGCUGAAUUACAGCGCUUAGAAGAGCAGGACAGGCGAAUCAGAGAGGAGAAGGAACGUCGCAGGCUGGAGCACCUGGAAAAGUUGCGGAAACAGAAGGAGACUGCAGAGAAAAUUGCAGCUCGGGCAUUUGCUCAGCGUUACCUGGCUGAUCUCAUUCCUUCGGUUUUCAACAAUCUUCAUGACAGUGGAUUUUUUUAUGACCCUAUAGAAAGAGAUAUUGAGACAGAAUUCCUUCCAUGGCUGAUGUCAGAAGUGGAAGAAGAACUACAGAAGAAGGUUCUGGGAAGGACGAUGCUUGACUCUUUGAUUCGUAUGGUGGUUGAAAAACGCUUAGAUGAAUUUAGCCAUCCACCUCCACCUGCUCAAACAAGGGCACAUGCUGAAGAGCCCGGGGCAACAGAUGCACCUCCCAAGAUGUCUGGUGAGGAGGAUGCUGCUGACCAACCAGUUGCCGAGAAAGAAGAGACUGACCAACCUGUUGCUGAGGAAGAGCCUUGAGAUUCCACCUCUUCUCUGUUAGAAGAAUAAGGUCAAGAAGGAACAGCAGAUUUGGAAACUGAGUAACAAACAGGCAAGUCAUCAAGUAAAUGGAGACCACUGGCUUAGAAAUAAGGAAUUAAUUUCUAUCUAUUUACAGGUAUUGUGCCCUAGCCAUGCUGAAGGAUGAAUCUAAGCAACAGUAGAGCAUUAAAACAUGUUUUCUGUAUGCUGGAGUUGCUGAUUUCAGGCUGCUAGAAUCAAGAGAGAAGUUACUAGUGCAAUGAAUGGCAUGGAUAUUCUGUCUCCUUUUACACAAUCCAAUCCAUCAAAACCUGGGAGAUUUACAGUUGAAAAGUAAUGCUGUCCCACACCCUGUGCUAGAAGGUCAUGAGAAGGAUGUUGAGAGCAUCAUAAUAAUCUUUGCAAGUGCUUUGAUAAUGUUCUUGGAACAAUAUUUCCUUACUUUCCUUAUUUUGAAAGGUAGUUACUACAGCAAUUAAAUAAAUUACUUUUGACUCA